AUGUUGUUUAAGACCGUUGCUCUGGGUGGGCUGCUCGCUGCUGGACACGUAGCAGCCAUCAAGCUGGGCGAGAUCAACGCUGUCCUUCGACGAAGCGAAGACCUGGAGGAUGUACUUCGACGCGACUCUGGGCUUCUCGCUACCCUUACACAACGGCAGGACGCCAACCCCGCCGAUACCGCGCCAUUGGCUUCAUUAACACCAGCAUCUGGAGAUGCUUCGAAGGCGAAUCUGGCAAAGUGGGAGGCAGACACAAAAGCAGCUUGCAUGCAGACAUUGGGGAAUCUCAACGGCAAAGCCUCAAACCCGAGUGGUAUUGCGGUCUGCUAUAAUGUACCUUUCCUGGACAACUCUACUGGUGUGUUCCAGGCCGAGCUUCGAAUGUACAACGUAUCAGCGCCCAUCAAUCCGUGGCAGAGCGUCACUGCUGCCGAUGUCAGCAUGACACUGUCGUAUCUGGGUGCUACAGUCCAAGCGAUGAACAUGACCAACGUAAAGCGAGAGAUCGGCGAAGCUCAGAUUGAAGCAAGGUGGAGCGAUGGAACUCUGGUCCAGCGACAAACCAUCACCAUGAUGACCGAGCUGAAGACGCUCAUGUAUGUCGGCAAGAUCAACUCCAACUUGAUGGGCCCGGCUAUGACAAGCGAGGCCCUCCAGCCGUUGCUCGUCCCUCAGAUCGACCUCGCCGCACGUAACCCUGCGACGAAUGAGGACGUCACCACCACCCUCUCUAACAAAGAGGCUCGCUUUGUCAACGGCGUCUUCGCUCAGAAGGCUGCGGACAACGCACCUUCCAAUGCCGACCCAACUGCUGCUGCCGCCGCUACUUCUGCUGUGUUCCUGGCCGCACCUUUCGUUGUCCCCGGCACAGCUCUCGCUUUCUUCCCCAUCGGCUUGGUCGUGACCGGCAUCUGGACCGUGUUCUUCAUCCUUUCCGUAGGCCUAGGCACAUUCGGUCGCAUUCAAUUCCGCGACCAGUACAGGAGACGCAUGGCCGCGGAGAAGGCCAGAAGCGUGCGCACGAUCUAA